AUGGAGCUUUUCGACUCGUCCAAUGAUCCAGAUGACGAUAUUUUCUUCAGGAUGAUGUAUCAUUAUUACACUACCGACCUGUUACAACCAGACCCAUCCCCGCUACUAACAAAACGUGCGAUGUUAAAUAGAAAUCACGAGGAAGCACACGAACAUCUAUAUCGCGAUUACUUUGCGGAUAAUUGUGUAUACAGGGCGAAGGACUUCAAAAGAAGAUUUUGUUUGCGUAGGGAUGUGCUCUUACAAAUCGACAACGCUUUGGAAAGCCGGUAUGAAUUUUUUCAGUUAAGAUAUGAUGCUAGAGGUAGACAAGGGUUUACAACGUUUCAUAAAUGUGUUGCGGCCAUUCGUUUGAUGGCUAUGGGGGAGUCACCUGACACCAUGGACGACUAUAUGAGAAUGUCCAAAAGAACCGUAGCAUGGAAAGGGCAAUACGCAAGUGGUCAUCACGGAUCACCUUCGUUGGUUUUAGAGGUUGUUGCUUCUCAAGAUUUAUGGAUUUGGCAUGCAUUUUUUGGGGUUGCGGGUUCCAACAAUGACGUCAACGUUCUUGAUCAAUCGCCAAUAUUCGACGAUCUUUUGAAUGAAAAGACCUGUGAUGCUCCUUUCACGGUGAAUGGAAACGAAUACAAAUAUGGGUAUUACCUUACAGAUGGAAUAUAUCCUCAGUAUUCCAUAUUCGUGAAGGCAUUCCGCCACCCAGUUGAAAAACGAGACAAAUUUUUUAAAAGAAGACAAGAAGGAGUACGUAAGGAUGUGGAACGUGCUUUUGGAGUGCUGAAGGCGAAGUGGCAUAUAGUCAGACAUGCAGCACGACCAUUGGAUUUAGAAACUCUACGAUAUAUCAUGUAUGCAUGUAUCAUAAUGUAUAACAUGGUAGUAGAAGAUAAAGGGUGA